AUGGGUGACAAGGGACCAGGCAACCAUUCAGAUGUAACUGACUUCAUUCUUGUAGGCUUCAGGGUUCCUCCAGAGUUCCACAUUCUCUUCUUCCUCCUAUUCCUGAUGGUUUAUGGCAUGACCAUUUUGGGGAACAUUAGCAUGAUGGCAAUCAUUGUGACUGAUUCCCAGCUGAGCACACCCAUGUAUUUUUUUCUAGGCAACCUCUCCUUUAUUGACCUGUUCUACUCCACUGUUAUUGCACCUAAAACCAUGGUCAACUUCCUGUCUGAAAAAAAGACCAUCUCCUUUGCUGGCUGUGUUGCUCAGUGCUUCCUUUUUGCACUCUUCAUUGUAACAGAGGGGUUCGUCCUGGCAGCCAUGGCCUAUGAUCGCUUCACUGCCAUUUGCAAUCCUCUUCUUUAUAGCGUGCACAUGUCAAAACGCCUUUGUACUUAUUUGGUUGUUGCUUCCUACCUCUGUGGCUUGGUCAGUUCCCUCCUUCAAAUCAGUGUAACCUUCUCCGUGUCUUUUUGUGCCUCCCGGGUCAUUGAUCACUUCUACUGUGAUUCCCACCAGAUUGAGAAGAUCUCCUGUUCCAAUCUCUUUGUCAAUAAGAUGGUAUCUCUUUGUUUGUCUGCCAUUAUUAUUUUGCCCACAAUAGUUGUGAUUGUAGUAUCUUACAUAUAUAUUGUGUCCACAGUUUUGAAGAUCCCCUCCACUGAAGGGAGGAAGAAAGUCUUUUCCACUUGCAGCUCCCAUCUGGGGGUUGUAAGUGUACUUUAUGGGACUGUCUCCUUUGUGUAUCUCACACCUCCAGAUAAUCCUGAACUUCGUAAAGUGGCAUCAGUAUUUUACAUAUUGAUCACACCCAUGUUAAAUCCUCUAAUCUAUUCUCUAAGAAACAAGGAUGUCAAACAAGCUUUGAGAAAAAUCUUAGGGAAACAGUAUUUUUUAUUUAACUUUUAAAAUUUAAUUUUUAUUUAUUUUUUUAAGUUUUUUAUGAUUAUCUUUAUUGGAUAGAGUCAGUCAGAAAUUAAGGAGGAAGGGGAAGAUAGCGAGGAGAGAGACAGAGAGACAUCUCAGCACUGCUUCACCAUUUGAAAAACUUUCCCCCUGGGGAAAUGGGGAAAAAAA